CUUGUGACGGAUCUUUCACUUCUGUGUUUAUUUUUCGCAAAUAUCGGUUGGGUAUAACUGCAAUAAAAUACUUUUAGCAGGGGAAGUUAUCUCCCACAUUCACACAUUCAUAAAAUUCCCCCUGCGCGCUCGCGCUCUGCGCUGUCUCUGUUACGAAGCGCGAAGCUGCCCCUGCAUCUCUGCACGUUAGUUGGCGGGCCGAGCCCCUCCUUCUCGCGUGUGUGUGCGUGUGUGUGCGUGCGUGUGCGUGCCCAGUCCUCCCAUAUUAAUGUGUAAACCACAUAACAAGUAGUCAACAGAAGACAAUGUUUUAAUCCCACUUUAUAUCUCCUUGUUACUUUUAGAUGAGAACCCCUGGCCAGGGUGUCAGGCUAGGGAAUUUAAAAACAGGCAUCCUUGGUUAGAGUGGAGGGAAAACAAGUUAGGUAAAUGUCAGCCAACAUACAGUUGGUAUACACAAUUGAAAUUCAUAAUGUUAAUCACUAGGCAAAUGAGAGUAUAGCUAAUUCAUGGUCAUUUUUAAGGUGCAGUAAUUUCACACUUUUACACAAUUCAAUUACUGUAUGGUAUGUUAGAUAACAACAGUAAGAGCUCAAAUUAGAGCAAAAUAAAGAGUGAAACAUUAGUCUCCUGUCAUCUCCUUCUCAUAGCCAUGGUUGUAAACAGUUCAUUAAAUUAUUUUGCGUAGAUUUUGUCCUUGUUUAGCAUGUGCUAUUGCUACUAUAGAUAUACAAAGGACAACUUGUCAUUUUUGUCUUCUAUUUGUUCCUACUGUUGUUGAUAAUCGUUAUAGGUCAGCGGGUUGUAGACCCCUGCGUUGGUGAAUGUGGUGCGACAUCCCAUAAGUGCCACACACUUACACGUACCGGUGGGACGGGUUUGUACGAGGCUGGGAGGGAAUCAUCACAGUAUACCCACUAUAAUAAAAUAGACUACACCACUGGUGCUUAUCAAUAGACAUUUCCACCAUGUGAAUGAGGCUUCAUGCAGUUCAGGAAUGUCCUGGCUCAAUGGGAUAAUGCCUUGUACAGGUGAUCCUAGGUUGAGUUUGAAUCCUGAUUACAGCAUUAUGAACAAGCUGAACAUGACAUUCUGUCAUGGCCGCUCAUUUAAGAAACAACAUUGAACAGCACCUGAAAUUCAUCAGGCAAUCAACAUUCCGAAUCAUUCGUUUCCAAGAAUCUGACUGCCAAGACACAGUAUGGCAUUAAGGGGAACCUCUGCGUUAACCAUUUUUCUUUCCUAAUUAACCCUGUCAUAUUUAUAUUUCUGCCAUUAGUGUUGUUGACUACAAAUAUUUAAUUUCCCCACAGUUUCAAAGAUUUUAAGGUAUACGCUUUUAAGAAAGCCCUUAAUUCAUUUGAGAAAUGUGUGCUUUGAGUUUUCUGGAUGUUGUGUGCUUAUCAAUAGACAUUGUGACCAUGUGAAUGAGGCUGCAGUUCAGGUUUAUAAGUGGCUCAAUGGGAUAAUGCCUUACAGGUGAGCCUUUGAUUGAGAGUUUGAAUUCCGAUUAGAUCAUUAUGAACAAGCUGAACAUGACAUUCGGCUAUUGCUCUGCAGCUCACCUGAAAGCCAAGGCACAGUACUGCAUUGAGUGGAACAUCUUUCCUUCAUAAUUAUAUAUCAUAUUUAUAUAUCUUCAAUUAGUGUGUUCUUGACUUUUAUUUUGCUCGGACCCAUUUAAUCACCGCUUGCGGUUAAAUUUAUUUAUUAAAACCACUAAUAUUAUUAAAAACAACAUAAACAAAAGAAUAAAGCUUUUGUUAUUAAUGUUAUUGUUAUGAGUAUUGGUAGGGGUAGUAAUAACAGUGGUAGUUCCUAAAAAAGAUUCAGGAUUUGAUAAAGUACAUUUGACCUUAUGUUAGAUAAGCAUUAAUCGUAGUUGUGAAUGAAUAUAUUUCUACCCCUCAUACUGAUUCAUAAUAAAAAGAUUACCUUAUCAUAAAUAGUUGAAAAAGAUAUCAGUCUUCAUUAUGGUUUCCGACUUCAAUGAGGCUGUUGAACUAAAUCAAGUUUAAAAACAUUUAUUUUCUUCACUGCUUAAUAUUUAUAUUGUAGAAGUACUGGUCACAAGUAUGGUGAAAAUUACUUGUCACGAUAAUUGUACAUCCUGUGUGGAAAAAACCUGAGGCUGAUCUUGAUACAGAAGCCGGCACAUGAGCCAUGUCUGUAAAUUCCCUUUCAUGACAUUCCUGGAUUGCGCCAUGCUUCCUUAAGAGCUUGCUGUGAGUCAUCUGACAGCUUUAAAAGGCGGAACUCUCUUCCUCAGUGCCAGAGUUAUUCAGCAGUGUAAGUGACAAGAGCUGUCUAAGCAGAGAGAAGAAAAGUAGCGAAGAACCUGUCAAACAUUAGAAGAACAGAAAACCUCUGUUGUAAAAAGUUUGAUUGUUUUCUAAAAAUGAAGAUGACAAGUGGCAAAAUCCCCAUCGGCUCCCUACUGGUUCUCCUGGUCUUGCUGACCAUUACUGAAGGAAGAAGUCUGAGGGGGUUGGGGAUGGAACUGCGCUGCCGCUGCAUCCAGACAGAGAGCCGUCAGAUUGGUCGUCACAUCGGGAUGGUGGAGAUCAUUCCGGCCAAUUCACACUGUGAAGAAACUGAGAUCAUUGCCACUCUGAAAAGGACGGGCCAAGAGGUCUGUCUGGAUGCUGAAGCUCCAUGGGUCAAGAAAGUUAUUGCGAGGAUGAUGUCAAGAAGCCGUUGAAAUCUCCAGAUUUCAUUGCUUUGUUUAAUGCUAGGCUGUUUGUGGACGAACACUAUCAGAAGUAGUAUUACCAUGAGGAGGCAAGGUCACUGAGUUGCUUGUGUGGUUGUCAGACUAUUUAUGUUAUGUUCAUGGUGAAAUAGUGCCGGGCACUAUUAAGCUAUACCUCUUAUAAUUGUUGCAUGAUACAUGAAGACUUUGUGUUUCAUUAUUAGCAUAUUUCUUUACAAGAUAAUUGUUUUAUCUACCUCUGAAGGAGUUUUCCCUUCUUUUCUCAAUUGUACAACUUGGAAAAUGUUUUGAAAAUUCUUGAGUAUGUAAGACCUAUUUAUUUGUUUUAUUUAUCAAUUUAUUAUUAUUAAACGUACAUGCUUUUGAAGAAAUAUGUAUCUAUUUAAAAUAAAAUAUAACAAUGAAAAUACCCUGCAUGCUUUUUUUUAUUCAUGAAUAAAGUCAUGCAGUUGACCUUACAUAUGUUUUUAUUUAUCUGUUCUAUCGUCAUAAGACAGUGAUUUUAUUGUCCUUCUCUGUAUGUUCAGUCUGGUCUUAUACAGACCAUUAUAUUUUAAACAGUGUAAAUAUUUUUCGGAAUAAAAGCAAAUAUACACUGCUUGCUAUAUUGGUCAAUUAGGAGAGGCGUGAACAGGAUAAGAGACCAUGAGAGUGACUUUUAUUGUUCUCCGUCAGUCAAAUGACAAAGGGUUGAGAUGUUGAAGCCGGUUUGCAGAUAAUGAUAAAGGGCCUGGUGCUCCAUGCUGCCAUGUAGAAGAUCUCUCCCUAAGUGUGGGGAUUGCUGGUUUAACCUGUGCACAUUGAGUUCUCAAUGCAAAACAAAACGGGUGUGCAGCCUUUCCCAGCUCCAGAGUCCAAUUAGUGUGACUUGGCCCAGUUGAUGCUGGUUAAACCAGCCAUCAUCCACACAGACUCCAACAAGAUGUUAUCUUAUAUUAGUAGUAAUUAUGAUCCUGUCAAGAUUCGGCCAUGUUCCUUGUUGAAAUCGACUAAUACUUUAAUGAUGCAGUUGAACU